AAGGAGCAUCAGCACUCGAUUGGUACUCGGUGUGCACGGAGAUCAUCAUGAGGUGUCCUUCUAUCGCCCGGCUGCAAAGCCGCACUGUCUCCGGCCUGAUCAGGUCUCCCGUCCGUCUCCAGUCCCAGAACUUCCUGGCCCGGCGAUGUGCCUCCACGGCUGUUCUCCGUCAACCGACUGCUGCUCCGGCUUAUCAGUCGCUUCUGAGCAAGCACGCCGAGCAGAGGAGAAACGCCUCGGGCGCUGCGGCUGCUGUACUUGAGGCUGCCGCUGCCACUCCCGACGCUCUCUCCCAGGACGCCAUCAUUGAAAACCUCGACCCCGUCGAAGCCGAACGUUUGUCCAGAGUUAGAAACAUUGGUAUUGCUGCACACAUCGACAGUGGUAAGACGACAUGUACCGAGCGUGUUCUUUUCUACACCGGACGUAUCAAGGCGAUUCACGAAGUCCGAGGUCGCGACAAUGUCGGUGCGAAGAUGGACUCCAUGGACCUGGAGCGUGAGAAGGGUAUCACCAUUCAGUCCGCGGCCACUUUCUGCGACUGGGUGAAGAAGGACGACAGCGGCAAGGACCAGAAAUAUCACCUCAACUUGAUUGAUACCCCGGGUCACAUUGACUUCACCAUUGAAGUCGAGAGAGCGCUGCGCGUUCUUGACGGAGCUGUCAUGAUCCUGUGUGCUGUUUCCGGUGUUCAGUCGCAGACGAUCACCGUCGACCGUCAGAUGAGACGUUACAACGUUCCUAGAAUCUCUUUCGUCAACAAGAUGGACCGUAUGGGUGCCAAUCCCUUCAAGGCUGUCGAUCAGAUCAACAACAAGCUCAAGAUUCCGGCUGCUGCCGUCCAGGUGCCCAUUGGUGCGGAGGACGAAUUCGAGGGUGUGGUUGAUUUGCUCCGGAUGAAGGCCCUGUACAAUGUUGGAUCUAGUGGUGAGGAAAUUCUCGUGAAGGAUGAGAUCCCUGAGAAGGUCAAGGACAUUGUGGAAGAGAGAAGACAGAUGCUUAUUGAGACUCUCGCCGAUGUUGACGACGAGAUUGCUGAACUCUUCUUGAGUGAGAUUGAACCUACCCCGGAGCAGCUGAAGCAGGCUAUUCGCCGGGCUACCAUUAGCCUGAAGUUCACCCCUGUUUUCAUGGGAUCCGCACUGGCCAACAAGUCCGUGCAGCCCAUGCUUGACGGUGUCAUUGACUACCUUCCCAACCCGUCCGAGGUCCAGAACCUUGCUCUUGAUAAGAAGCGUAACGAGGCUCCCGUGAAGCUUGUCUCCUACAACUCGCUUCCUUUUGUCGGACUUGCUUUCAAGUUGGAAGAGAGUAACUUUGGCCAAUUGACCUACAUUCGUGUCUACCAAGGUACUCUCCGCAAGGGUGCUAAUGUCUUCAAUGCACGCAAUGACAAGAAGGUCAAGAUCCCUCGCAUUGUUCGGAUGCACUCCAACGAUAUGGAGGAAGUUAGUGAAAUUGGAGCGGGUGAGAUUUGCGCCGUCUUCGGCGUUGACUGUGCUUCCGGUGACACCUUCACUGAUGGACAGCUUGGAUACACCAUGUCAUCCAUGUUCGUUCCCGAACCCGUCAUCUCGCUUUCUAUCAAGCCCAAGAACGCCAAGGAUGCUGCGAACUUUUCCAAGGCUAUGGCUCGUUUCCAGCGUGAGGACCCGACCUUCAGGGUUACCUUUGAUGCGGAGAGUGAACAGACCAUUAUCUCUGGAAUGGGUGAACUGCAUCUUGACAUUUAUGUCGAGCGCAUGCGUCGUGAAUACCGUGUUGACUGUGAAACCGGUAAGCCUCAGGUCGCAUACCGUGAGACUAUUGGCGGCCGUGUUGAGUUCGAUCAUUUGCUCAAGAAGCAAUCGGGUGGUCCUGGUGACUUCGCCCGUGUCGUGGGCUGGAUGGAACCCACUGGAAGUCUUACGGAGAACAAGUUCGAGCAGCAGGUUGUUGGUGGAAGUAUCUCCGAAAAGUUCCUCUUCGCUUGUGAGAAGGGUUUCCACCUUUCUUGCGACAAGGGUCCUCUCAUUGGACACAAGGUCCUUGGUACCAAGAUGGUUAUCAACGACGGUGCUACUCAUAUGACCGAUUCGUCUGAAAUGGCCUUCAAGAACGCCACCCAGCAGGCUUUCCGCAAUGCUUUCAAGGAGAGCGGCCCUUCUAUCCUCGAGCCUAUGAUGAAGACUGUCGUGACGGCCCCGGCUGAGUUCCAGGGUGACGUUAUUGCCCUCCUCAACAAGCGUGGUGCUACCAUUAACGACUCCGAGGUCGGUGUCGAUGAGUUCACCGUGUUUGCCGACUGCAGUCUGAAUAGCAUGUUCGGCAUCAGUUCCCAUCUGCGUGCGGCCACCCAGGGUAAGGGUGAAUACACCAUGGAGUUCAGCCACUACGAGAAGGCUCCCCCUCACAUGCAGAAGGAACUCAUCGCCCAGCACUUGAAGGCUCAGGCCGACAGGCACAAGAAAUAAGCCCAUCGCAACCUUGCCUCGCAGCUCACGGUGUGAGCUCAUAUAGUAGCUCCCGAGUCCUCGGACCUGCUUCAUGGCAGUUAAUGAGCUAAACAGUUACCUCACUAUCUAGCCCCUGGGCCAGGGACUUUGAACAUACCAUACCCCCUUUCACCCGCGCCUAUUCCCCCCGCCUCCCUUCUUCUCUUCUUGGCGUGUAUUUCAAUACGAAGACAAUGUUCUCAUUUAUGUUUAGAUAAUUUGGCGCCAUGUAUUAUUUUCUCAUCCAAUAUAGGCCGGGCCUGUGGGCGUUGGGUAGGUUUCUUCCUUAUCACUGUGGAGGGCUGGAUGUGUGCGCGCGGUCGUCGUAUGACUGGUUAAAAGCCCCAGGUCGACAGGCUGCACUGCACAUAUCUGACCCUUCCGGUGGUUGUCAUCUC